AUGUUCUCCAUCUUCUGCUGCUCUUCCCCAUAUCCAUAUCGACCUACUCAUCUGGCCCACGAGGCCAAAUUUGACCCGUUCAUCGCUUGGGCCAAGCGAUCUGAAUCAUCCCUUUCCAGCAAAUCGGCGUCCUUCUUCCGAGACCCGGAUAACCUACCAGCUUAUGCAGUUCAGUUUGUCCGACAGGUCAACUUCGGUGCAAUCGAGGCCAAAAGAUACUUUAUUCCUUCUCCGGGCGGAAGUGGACUUGGCUUCAUCGAGAUCAAUGAACAAGACCUGAUCAUUGGCAACUUCCAGAAGCUCAAUUCGUACAAGAACUUCAAGUGCACAACGCACAACAAGUUCUUCGAGGUCAACCUCUAUCAAAAGGAUCCCGUGAAUAAGCACCACUGGCGAUUGAAUAUUGCUCGACCAGGAACUGAGAUCGAUCUUUAG